AUGUCCUACUAUACCAACAGCCGUAGUCCCCCUCCACUCCAGCAUCCUGUCCCCACCCAUCCCGCCUACAUUCCCGAACCACCCUCCACCCCCGUUUCGCCUCAUGGAUACCAACGUUACACCAGCUCUCCACCUACUCAGCAACAGUUCGGCCAAUCCAUCCCAGGUCAAAGCGGCCGAGUCCCCCAGGGAUAUACAACUUCUUCUGGUCACUAUCAACCAUUGGGCUCCCCGCCCCGACAUGCACCUGUUCCCGCCCAAACACAGCCGGGCGUCAAUAUCCCGAACGUGCCCGUAGACUUCUCCGCAUGGGGUCUUGACGGUGCAACAGCGCAGUUUGGUAUGCAGCUUGGCCAGAGCGCGGUUGCUGCAGGCCAGGACUACGUGCAAAAGAACCUCGGCGGCCUCAUCCCAAUUUCCAUCCUGAAACACCACUUCAACGUGUCGAAUUCGUAUGUCAUGCACAAGCUCCGCCUAGUUCUCUUUCCAUGGAGGCAUAAACCUUGGUCGCGUCGCGUGCAUCGUACAGAGAAUGGCCAGGCGGAAUGGCAGCCGCCACGAGAUGAUGUGAAUGCCCCUGAUCUGUACAUACCUUUGAUGGCUCUUGUGACUUACAUUCUCCUUGCGGCGCUGCACUCGGGGCUGCACUCUCGGUUCCAUCCGGAAAUUCUCGGUAUCACCGCGUCAAAAGCUCUUGCGGUUACUCUUCUCGACUUCAUAUUUGUCAAGCUCGGCUCAUAUUUCCUCAACAUCCCCGGUGGCAUAAAUCAGGUACUUGAUCUUUUGGCGUACAACGGCUAUAAAUUUGUUGGUGUGAUCGUUACAUUGAUUGCCGGUCUCCUCAACACUGGGACAACACUUUAUUUUGUAGUAUUUAUAUACUCCUUCUUGGCUACCGCGUUCUUUUUGUCUAGCAGCGGCCUUGAAGACAACGAGCAAGACAUUUGGCCCGCCAUGCCUAAAGAAGUUCGCGACAUCAAGAAAUUCAUCGAGAUUGCCAACAGGAAGGAUGCUAGUGAGGCGAGGGUAAAGAAGCUUUCGCCCAAAGCGCCAAACGGCAAGACGAGGACAAAGUUCAAAAUCCGGUGUUCGCGUUACCUUUACACGCUUUCGCUUGAUGACCCAGAAAAGGCGGAGAAGCUCCAGCAGAGCCUACCCCCAGGUCUUGUCGUCCGAGACGUCAAGAAGACACCAAAAAACAAGAAGUAA